AUGCGCUUGCACAACAGCUGGUUGCCCAGAGCAACGACACACAGUCGCUACCGCGUUCGUCUUCGGUCGCACGCAGCUUUGUUCGAACAGCAUGGCACGCUCUUUAUGAGAGAGAGGCCGGAGAGAUCGAGCGUGCCCAUCGGGGUGGUGCGGCGAGGGGUUUGCUUUGGGCUUUCGCUUGAAGAACGGCUUCAAUUGGCAUGUCAAGGUAAGGACGAGCUCGUGCUGCCGAUCCCGAAGACCGUAGUGUGCACACAGCGCCCACCACGAUCAACGGAAUGA